UAGGUUGGUUAACAGAUGAUGAUUAUACCACUUUUAACAGAUCUAGGUUGGGUAACAGAUGAUUAUUAUACCAUUAUUUCAGAUCUAGAUUGUUUAGUGGUGGAUGAUGAAAUUUUAACUACUGUCACCACACUUGAAGGGAGUGUUCUAAUCUAUCGAUAUAGUUUGUCUGUUACACGAAGCGCUCCGAUCAAGUACUCAAGUUUGGUAGAAAUUGCCGCUGAAGGGGACAGAAAAGUUACUAAGGUUCAUAUUUGCGCCGGUAUUUCUUUAAAUAAAGAUUCCCCUACUCUUCAUAUAGCUUAUGGCUCUGCAUCUGCUCUCCAGAUUGAAGAAUUGAAGAUCAAUGAACUUAAGAAAACUCAUCUUUUACCAAGAUCUUCUCCAGUUCUAACACUAGGCGCACCAAGUCAAAUGUACGGCCAACAUAUCCUGGAGAACAGAACUUCCGGAAAGAAGAGGAAACAGGAAAUAGACGAGGAGAACAUGACAAUAGGAAACUAG